CGGACUCCAACGAAAACACUUUCGGGAAGAAUUAAGUAUUCCCUGCGCUGAGCGGCGCGCACUCGGAGCCGGGGCCUUGUCCAACAGCUCGACAUGUGGAGACACCGCGCGCUCGGGGACAGUGUCCUGGCCUGUGUCCUGCUCCUCUUGGCCUGUGUCCUCCUCCUGCCCCUCGCGCACACGCAUCGAUUCCUGGGCCGGAGCUCGGCCUCUCAGUUCCUCAGUCGUCAGCGAAGGGCCAACUCUUUAUUUGAGGAGAGUAAAAAGGGAAACCUGGAGCGUGAGUGCAUCGAGGAGCUGUGCAACAAAGAGGAGGCGCGGGAGAUCUUUGAGAACGAGCCCGAGACGGAGUAUUUCUAUCCCAAAUAUGUCGUCUGCCUGGGGUCACACAGAGUCGGCAUCAACAACCAGAACUCAGACUCAGCCAUCCCGUCCAACCUCCGGACCUGCGUCAACGAGAUCAGUAACCAGUGCAGCCCAAACCCCUGUUAUAAAGAAGGAGCCGAGCGCUGCGUGGACGGACAGGCCGAGUUCACCUGCAUCUGUAAACCAGGAUGGAAGGGAACGCGCUGUGAGGACGACAUCGAUGAGUGCACAGACCUGGACCACCCCGCCGGGUGCAACCAGAAAUGCUACAACUUCCCCGGAAGUUUCCGCUGCAUGUGUGAAGAGGGCUUCUUCAUCAGUGAUAAACUCAGCUGUGUGGAUAUCGAUGAGUGUCUGCUCUAUCCUCACAUCUGUGAAAAACCUGCCACAUGUGUCAACACGCCCGGGAUGUACGAGUGUGAGUGUCCCACAGGAUUCAAGUACAACUUUACAUCCAGAACCUGCGACGACGUAGACGAGUGUGCUCUGGACGUGUGUGACGACUCCUGCGUUAACACAGUGGGCAGUUACUCGUGUCAUUGUGACGGGAGAGCGGGACGGCGUCUGGCCCCUGACCACAUCCACUGUGACGCCAUCCCCGUCUGCGUGCCGCCGUUUGAUUAUAAACACCCCGAGAUGCUUUACCUCGGAGAGCAGUUUGUCGGACUCCCGGUCAUCUACCUGCGCUUCAGACUGCCAGAAAAUACAAAGUUCGCCGCAGAGUUCGACUUCCGCACCUUUGACCCUGAGGGGGUGGUUCUCUACGCCGAGUCGUCCCAGGACUCGUGGUUCAUGCUCGGGCUGAGGGGAGGACGCAUCGAGGUCCAGUUCAAAAACCAGCACAGCUUUAAAGUCACCAGUGGAGGCAAAGUCAUCAACGACGGACAGUGGCACGUGAUCUCCGUGGACGAGCUGGAGAGUAGCAUCAGCGUGAAGAUCAGCAAAGAGGCCGUCAUGAGCAUCAACAGCCCCGAAAGUCUCUUCACCUCCGUCAACGGAAAACUGGAGACUAAAGUUUACAUCGCGGGAAUGCCCAACAGAACCGACAACGUCAUCAAACCGAUCAAUCCUCGCCUGGACGGUUGCAUUCGCGGCUGGAACCUGAUGAACCAGGGCGCGUCCGGAGUGAAGGAGGUCAUUCAGGAGAAAAAGAGCAAACACUGUUACGUUCAUGUGGAGAGAGGCUCUUUCUUCAGCGGCGCAGGGCUGGCUCAGUUCAACAUAGACUACAGUGAGACUGACCAGUGGCACAUUGACGUCCAGCUGAGUAUACGACCCUCCAGUAGCACCGGCGUCCUAUUUGCUCUGGUCCAAAAUGACACGGUCCCUCUGUCGCUCGCGGUGGUCACUAAAGAUGAAAUGGACGCUAACCUGCAGGUGUUUUUGGACGGUGUUUCCGUGGCGACCCUGGACACCGUGAUGCUGUGCUAUCCCGAUCGAGUGAUGGUGCGACUCAACGUGACGCCUACGGAACUUUUCAUCACAGCGAACUCCUCGUCUGUGUCGUACAUGGCCCCUGAUGGACUAAAGGGGGCGCUGCAGAGCCUCAAUGUGACCAUGCAGAGCCCCCUGAGCACCUACAUCGGGGGAAUACCAGAUGAGGUCCCGUUGGCGCUGACUCCGGUCACAGCGUUUUACCACGGCUGUUUGGAGAUCACUGUGAACGGGCGACUUUUGGACUUUGAUGAGGCUCUGGGUAAACACAACAGCAUCAAGUCUCACUCCUGCCCCCCAGUGUUUGCCCCCGAGACGCAGCCCGACGCACCCGCCCCACACAGGAAGUGACCUCAAUUAACACAGCCGUAGUUUAAAUUAGGCAGAGUCCCACUGGAUUUAUGAAAAUGGUAAAUGUCAGAUUGAGAGAAGAGGAGGAGAUGAGGCGGCAUCACUGUAAAACUGAAGUGGAGUUUGAAGAGGAGCGUUUGGCCGAGUUCAGGCUCGUGGAGACGUCACACGUGUAGAUUUUGUUACGAUGAUGAAGAUGAAGAGCUGAGCUCUGAAGCACAAAUAGAUGAAGAGUAUUUAGAGAAACAAAUGGUCACUAUUGGCCAGGCUUCAAGAGCUGUUUUAUUUUGUCACAUUGUGAAAUCUUUUCUAAAAUGUUUGUGUGUCUGAUUAAUGCUCCUUUUCCCGUCUGUAGUUCACCUGAUUUAAAUGUGUCGUACAAAAAACUAAAUCUUCAGGUAAAUUCUGGCUGUAUGUUGUGUCCAAAAUGUAUUUAAAUAUAAAAAAAACAUUGUGUUUUUACUUUUACAUCUGUAGU